AUGAUGGUAUCUUCUACCGCAACUGUGCCCAUCCUCUUGGCAGCAGCAAGCGGCGUCCUCGCUCUUGUUCCCACCCCCGUUCUUCAGCACAAUGGCCGAUCCGAAAUCACACCCGGUCCGUCCUGCGGCGAGUUCCCCUGCGGCUCAGAACUAGCAGCCAUCCCCAGCUGUGCCAUCCCUUGUAUCGAGUCAGCGGGCUUGGGUCUAGGCUGCGCGACGGCCGACUACGGAUGCCAGUGUGACAAUCUCGACGCCCUUCAAGGAGCUGCAGUCAACUGUGUCAUCGACGGCUGUGGUGGUUUCGACAAUGCUAUCCCGGUGGUGUACUCUGCUGUGGCCAUGUGCCAGUGUGUGGGCUCCAACAGCCCCCUGCCUACACCCUGCCCAUCGACCACCACCACAAGCGAGGAGCCAGUCAUCACCGAGGCUCCCUGCGGUGACUUCCCUUGCUCCGCCGAGCUUGAAGCCAUUCCCAGCUGUGCUAUACCAUGCAUUGAGAACUCGGGCGAGAAGUUUGGUUGCGGCAGGACAGAAUACGGCUGCCAAUGCCUGAACCUAGAUGCUAUCCAAGGCGAUGCUGUACUGUGCGUUAUCGAUGCUUGUGGUGGCUUCGACAAUGCUAUUCCCGUCGUGUACUCUGCCGUGGCCAUGUGUCAGUGUGUAGCGAGAAACACGCCGCUGCCGACUGCUUGCCCGACGACGAGCACUGCGGGGACUACAUCGACAGCUGAGACGUCGACUGAGGAGACCAGCGCCGUUGAGACCUCCAACAUGGAGACCAGCACCGUUGAAACCUCCACCGUCGAGACCACCGCUGUAGAGACAUCCACCGCCGAGACCUCGACGGUAGAAGCCUCGACGGUCGAGCCAUCCUCCACACCGACAUCUGACUGCUGCCCCGAAGAAUCGACCACCUUGGACAUCUCUACACCGCCUACGCCCUCCAUCACCACACCCUCUAUCGUCACCACUACCACAGCAGUAAGCUGCCACAUCCCCUGCGCUGGCCAAGCAUCCGCCAUUCCCGUCUGCGCAACGGCCUGCAUCGAAUCCGCCGGUGGUGCCGUCGGCUGCGAAAGGGGUGACCACAAUUGCCAGUGCGCGUCGAGCAAUGCCAUUCAGGCGACUGCUGUCAACUGUGUGCUUGGGGCUUGUGGGGGUAUUCCUGGAGCGGUGAAGGUUGUUGAGUCGGUUGCUGCUAUGUGCGGGUGUGUCAGUGCUAGCCGGCUGAGUUCUUGUGAGACGACUACGAAGACGAUUACGGUUGGGGAUGGUGAUGAUGAUGGGGGCUUUGUUACUACUACUCCUGGGGGGAGUCAGCCUGGGAGUGGGUUUGUGAGUGUUACUAAGACUGGGGGUGGUGGUGGAGGGCCGGUUGAGACGUCUCAGCCUGGAGAUGGUGGUGAUGGAGAUGGUGGUGAUGGAGAUGGGGAUGGGGACAGUGAUGGAGGUGAUGGCAAUGAUGGUGGUGACGGUGGUGAUGGACCCGGAGAUGACGACGAGCCCCAAGGCCCUACACCAACCACCUCACGCCCACCUGUCGUCACCGCAGGCGCCUCUUCUAAUACUCUUUUUAGUGGCGCUUCAGGCUUCACUGGUCUCCUGAUGAUGUUGGCAGCUUUUGUGUAA